UUUUCAUUGCAUUCUCCAUUAGCAUUUUUUUUUUUUUUUAUUUUUUUUUAUACAUACCAAUAGACAUUGUUUAAUACCGCAUUCAUAUAGAUAUACCAUGACUGCUCCUACUACUGAGACCCAGAACGGUCAGCCCCAAACUCUCAAGAAUAUCUCUGGAUACAUCGAGAAUGCCUUCUCCGGAAAGGCCGACCAGAUGGUCCAAGUUACCUCGUACCUGAGCGAGAAGGGCUUCAUCCCUGCUGCUCUAGCUGAGAAUGAGGUCUCCUGGUUCUACGGAAACCUUGGUAUUGAUGACAUGUACUUUGCCUCUGAGUCUGUCGAGUCCAUUGCCAACCACAUCAUGGCCCUUUAUGGAGCAAAGAUCUUUGCUUAUACCAAGAACGACAAUGCUCUUGACAUCAACCUCGAGCGUGAGACUGAGGAGGGUGCCGUUUACAUCCACACCUCUCGCCCUGGUGUUUCGCAGCUCCAUGGACCCCAGCAUGAGAAGAGAAUCGAUACCAAGUACCUUGAUGUCAGCAACACUGAGCGCGCCUUCCGUCUGGAGUCAUACCGCUCCAAGGGCACGGUCUCGUCCUCAUCCUCGACUCAGCUUCGCACUUACUUUGUCCGCCAGUGCCACUUUAUCAAUCCCAAGCCCACCAAGGAGCAAGAGACUGACAUUCGUGAGACUGCCGACAAGUCUUUCCUCGAGAAGGCCACCGAGAACACCCUUGAGAUCUACUCUAAUAUCAUGAAGUUGGCUCUCGCCAGAACUGGCCCUGUUAUUGAGAUGUUCGAGGUCGAAGGCACUCGUGAGCGCCGUCUCGUCAUUGCAUACAAGCAGCAGACCACACAGUCGUUUUUCUCGGCCAUCUCUGAUUUGUAUCACUACUACGAUUUGUACUCAACCCGUAAAUAUGUUGAGCAGUUCUCCAAUGGUAUCACCAUCGUCACUCUCUACUUGAACCAGCUCCCCAAGUCGACUGCCCCCCCAAUUGAGCACUCCAUCCACCAGAUCAUCAAGGAAGCUUCGCUCAUCUACUGCUUACCUACCACCCCUCUUCAGAGCUUCUUCCAGACCAACAAGUUGUCAGUGCAGGAAUCCAUCUAUGGUUACAUUGGUUGGAUCUUUGCUCAGCACUUCUUGAACCGUCUCGGAAACGAGUAUGUCUCUCUUGUCAACAUCCUGGAUGGCAGCAACCCAACCCACCAGGACGUCUUGACCAAGAUGAAGAAGCGUCUCCGUACCGACACUUUCACACGUGAUUAUAUUCUCGAGAUUAUCAAGACUUAUCCUGAGCUCGUCAAGCUGCUUUACAUCAACUUUGCUAUGAUCCACUAUGUCAACCCCGCUGUCAACUCGCUUCAGCCCACUCUCUCAUACCAGCGUCUCAAGACUGACAAUGUCUUGACCGAUGAGGAGCUUUAUGACAAGAUCAAGCGCACAACCUCCAAUUCUCAUGAGCUCAUGGUCUUUGAGUCGUUCUUGAUCUUCAAUAAGCACGUCUUGAAGACAAACUUUUACCAGCCAACUAAGGUCGCUCUCUCCUUCCGCAUGGACCCAUCAUUCUUGCCCGAGAUUGAGUACCCUACCAAGCUUUAUGGCAUGUUCUUGGUCAUCGGCUCCGAAUUCCGUGGUUUCCACUUGCGUUUCCGCGAUGUUGCUCGUGGCGGUAUCCGUAUCAUUCGCUCUCGCAACCGUGAAGCCUACUCUAUCAACCUGCGCUCACUGUUCGAUGAGAACUAUGCUCUUGCCAACACUCAGCAGCGUAAGAACAAGGAUAUUCCCGAAGGUGGUUCCAAGGGUACCAUUCUCUUGGACGUCAACCAGCAGGAUAAGGCUUUGGUUGCCUUUGAGAAGUAUGUUGAUGCAGUUCUUGACCUCUUGAUCGUUGGUGAGACCCCUGGAAUCAAAGAGCGCAUCGUUGACUUGUACAAGAAGCCAGAGAUUCUCUUCUUUGGUCCUGAUGAGGGUACAGCUGACUACAUGGACUGGGCAUCUGCUCAUGCCCGCGAGCGUGGUGCGUCGUUCUGGAAGGCCUUCACUACUGGCAAAUCGCAAUCCUUGGGAGGUAUUCCGCACGAUACCUAUGGUAUGACCACUCGUUCUGUUCACCAAUAUGUCCUCGGUAUCUACCGCAAGUUGGGACUCAAGGAGGAGAACUGCCGCAAGCUCCAGACUGGAGGCCCUGACGGUGACUUGGGUUCUAACGAGAUCAAGAUCUCGAAGGACAAGACCUGCGGUAUUGUCGAUGGAUCCGGAGUUUUGUACGACCCCGAGGGCAUUAACCGCGGAGAGUUGGCUCGUUUGGCUGAAAACCGUCUCAUGAUCUCAAACUUUGAUGUCUCGAAGCUGUCGCCAAAGGGAUUCCGUGUGUUGGUUGAUGAGGCCAAUGUGAAGCUGCCUUCUGGUGAGAUCAUUGAUGAUGGUCUUUCCUUCCGUAACAACUUCCACUUGAACUCGAUGGUCGAUGUCGAUGUCUUUGUUCCCUGUGGUGGUCGCCCUGAGGCCGUUGACCUUCAGAACGUUAGCCGUUUGUUGGAUGCUGAGAACCACCCCCGCAUCAAGUACAUUGUUGAGGGAGCCAACUUGUUCUUCACCCAGGAGGCUCGUCUCCGUCUGGAGCGCGCUGGCGCUGUUGUGUUCAAGGACGCUUCUGCCAACAAGGGAGGUGUGACUUCAUCCUCAUUGGAGGUGUUGGCUGCCUUGGCAUUCACAGAUGAGGAGUUUGCUGAGCACAUGCAGGUGACACCCGAACACACCCCUGCUUUCUACGAGGAGUAUGUCAAGGAGGUACAGACGAUCAUUGAGCGCAACGCUCACCUCGAGUUUGAGGCCCUCUGGAGAGAGCACCAACGCACAAAGAUUCCUCGCUCGAUCUUGUCGGAUCAAUUGUCGUUGGCGAUUGUCAAGUUGAAUGAGAACUUGCAGCACACCUCUCUCUGGGAUAACUUGGCUCUUCGCAAGGUCGUUUUGGAGGAGGCUUUCCCUAACAUGUUGUUGAAGCAGGUUGGACUUGAUAACUUGAUUCAGCGUGUCCCUGAGAACUAUGUGCGCGCCAUCUUUGGUUCGUACUUGGCUUCCCGCUUCGUGUACAGAUACGGAACAGAACCUAGCCAGUUCGCCUUCUUUGAGUUCAUGACCCCUUACUUCUCCAAGGUUCAGCAGUAAAAAGUCGGACAAUAGUGAACAAAAAAAAAAAAAAAAAAAAAAAAAA